CCCCAACAUCAUGUGUUCAACAUCAUCAAGUUUAUCGUCGUGAAAAACGUCCUGAUCGCUUAAAAUUUGAAAUCGAACGUCCCGUCGAUUGUAGUGUGAUUGGCCAUCCAAAUGCUACAUUGAAUGAAUGUGGAUAUUGUGUUGGUCAACAAACCAACCUGGAUUUCGAUCAUGGAAAAGAUUGUCAAGGAGUUUGUUUUGGUAAUACAACCAUAGAUUGCAUGGGUGUUUGUGGUGGCGAUGCAUAUCUUGAUGAAUGUUCAGGAAUUUGUAUCCAACCAGAUUUAGUUGCAAUCGAUAAACAUUCAUCAAUAGUAUUGAUGAAUCGAGAUUGUCGUGGAUUAUGCUUGAAUCCAUCGGCAACUGUAAUUGCAACCGCAACUGACAGCAACGACAAAGAAUCGUCAUCGAAUCAACAACAACAAAACAAUCCAUCAGUUACUGCAACACAAUCAUAUCAAUUGGAUCGUUGUGGAUUUUGUUCACUUUCAUCCACACAACAACAAUCAACACCAUCAAUGAAUGAUCCAAUGACAAUGUUGUCACCAUCAAUGGAUUGCAAAGGAAAUUGUCAACUUCCUGGCUUAGUCAAGCAUUCGAUUGUAUGCGGACAAUGUAUUAAUCAACAAAAUGAAAUGUCAACUGUUAUCGAUAAUUGUGGACAUUGUCUAUCCGAAGGUCAUCCAUGUUCUUGUGAUCGUGAUCCAAUACGCUGUGGUUGUAUUGAUCAGAAUAAUUGUUAUCUGAUCAAAAACCUGAUGCCAAUGGCUAUACCUAGUACGGUUCCCGUCAAUAUAUCGAUUGUUGGUUAUUUUUAUCCAUAUGUAAAUCAAUUGUAUUGUGUAAUACGUUCACAAUCUGAAUUUGAAAUUAUCGAAUCAUUUCCGGUACAAUUUUUAUAUAAAAAUAAAACAUUCAUACAAUGUACAGUCAAAUUGGAACAAUCUGGCCAAUAUGUAAUGGGUUUAGGUUUUCGUUCGAAUGUGCUGAUCACACCUCCGAAAGAUUUGCUGCAACUAUAUGUUUUCGAUUCGAAAGCAGUUAAUCUGACAACAAUCCAACCACAACGAUCAUUUUCCAAUGAAUCUGAUUUGCCAUUAAUGAUCAAAUUUAAUGAUGACGAUAAUCAUGAACUGCCUCCAACACCUAUUCGAUGUUUAGUUCAAUACGAAAGUGGUGAACAAGAACUUAGUGAUUAUGGCCAAGAUCAAUAUUCAUGUCGAUUAAAGGAAUCUGGAUUGCGAACAAAAUCACAAACAAUACGUUUGUAUCCCACAUUUGAUGGCAUCAAUCUAAUCGGCCAAGGAUUUGAUCAUCUAAUUCAAGCUUCCGCGCCGAAAAUAUUUCCAUUAUCCUCAUUCAUAUCGGAAGAUAGCCUGUCGAUCAUUGUUAAUUUUGAUAAAUCAGUCAAUAUUGAAUUGAUUGAAAAUCAUAUCCGUGAAAAUAUUGUUGAUAUUGGUGAUGAUGAUGAUUUGGCAUUAAUAAUGUGUGAUUAUCUUCUCACCGAAUCAACUAUUGAACAAUUGAGUUUAUUCGAAUUGGAAAGUUGUCGAUGGGCAACACGAACACAAUUUAUAAUAUCCAUAUUGAAACCAUUUGCAUCGGAUAUGAUUGAAAUCCAAUUCAAACCACAAGUUCUAUCGGAAUAUGGACAAAAAUAUUCCUUAUUGAACGAAGCAUCAUCGGCAAACAUAUCAAAACUGUCCAACCAUUUGAAUUGGUGGAGUUAUGAACCAAUGAUUGCCAUCAUUGGACCUAAUGAAAUUUCUUUUUGUGGCAUAUUUUCAUUGAUUGGACAUUAUUCAUCACCACGUGGUACAACCGAUGUAGAUUUUGAAUGGAAAGUCUCCGGUGAAGUAACUUCGGAUUUAAGACAAUAUGUUCAAAGUCAACGAAAAUCAACAAAUCUAUUGUUGAAUGCUGAAAUGUUUGAUAUAAAUACUGAAUAUUUGUUUACAUUCACUGCAUUCAUACAUGCACGACGUCAAAGUAUCGAAGCACAACACUCUUUAAUUCGCCUUGGAUAUGAAUCACCAAAUUUGAUUAUUUACUCAACCAAUCUAUUGAACAACAAUCCCAUUCAUGAAAAUGAUCCAGUCAUAUUGUUUGGUGAUUUUACCAUACCGGAUUGUAUAUUUCCACCACAAUUAAUAACAAUGCAUUGGGCAACUAAUGAUCCAUCAGUAUUGUUUCCAAUCAAACAAAUCAGUAAACGCUAUUCAUCGAUAUUUCCUAUCGAACCAUAUUCAAUGCCACCAGAUCAUCUGACAUCAUUCACAUUGAACGCUUAUAUUGGUUUCUAUACAAAUCAAUCAAGCAAAGCUAUGUUUUCCAUUAAACCAAAGCCAGUGCAAUUGAAAGCUAACCCAGCCAAUGGAAUUAAUCGUAUUACAAUUGGUUCAAAAAGUGGGAUGCUUAUAAUUCCAUCCAACACCAAUGAUAAUAUCCGUCAAAAACGUUUGGUUUAUCAAUGGAGUUGCCAUGACACGAAAACUGGACAACCUUGUUAUUAUAAUUUUCAAUCAUCAUUCAAUCAUGGUGGUUUACAUAAAAAUCCAUUGUUAAUCACACGCGAAAUUCAAACACAAAGUUCAUUAGUAUUGAAUUCAAGUUCAUUUCAACCGAAUAAUCAAUAUUUAAUUGGACUUCAAGUUUUCGAUGCAAAUGAUAGUCGUUCCAAUUCUGAAACAGAAUAUAUUUUAUUGAAUGUUUUGGAUGGUUUGAAACCACAAAUAUUCGUAGGUCCUGUUUAUAUAAAUGGUGAAUAUUUAGUACCAUAUAAUCAGCAUUUUUCUACAUUUGUUAUUCCAUCGGGAAGUGAUAUUGUAAUCAAAGGAAAAGUUUUGCUUCAAAAUGGUUUGAAAUCGGUUCAAUGGAAAUCACAAACAUUUCGUUAUCCAUUAUUAUGGGCUAAUGAUCCAAUCAAUGGCGGUGAUCAGGAAAUUCAUACCGAACUUUAUUUAUAUGGAGAUACAUUGACUGCAUAUGGAACAUAUAAUUUUAAAUUAGAAGCAUGCAGUUAUACGAAUGAAUGUAGUUGGGCAGAAAUUUCAUUAUUGGCAGCUCAAUCAACAACAAUGUGUGAAGUUGGAAUUGAAUCUCAUGUUGAAUUCGAAAUGACGUUUGCCAGUAUUGAAAAGUGUAAUCUUUCACCAAGUUCAUCACCGGUUACUUAUCAAAUAUAUUUGGAAGAUGAACAUUAUUCAUUGAAAUUACCAUUAACAAUGCCACAACUAUCACCGGUGAUAAUUUUUCCAGGAAUUCCUGUACCAAUUUUUAAUGAAAAUCAAUUCACACGAUUAACGGUGAAAACAUGUGAUCGUUUUCAAACCUGUACACUACAUCGAUCAUAUCCAAUACGUGUUGAACAUUCGCCUAAUUUAACCCAAUCAAUUUUACAAUUAAUACAACAUGCACGGCGAGUAUAUCAAACUGGUGAUAUGCUUAUGGCAAUGAACUAUUUGAAUCCUAUCCUAUUGAAACAUGAUUUCGAAACAAUAGAAAACGUAACCAAUUUAUUUGAAAUGGCAAUCAAUUCAAGUAUUGAAUUUGCAACCACAGCAUUACAAUUACCAAAUUUAACCCUAAGUCCAGGACAUUAUGAAUUGAUGUUCAGUAUGUUUAGUCAUGCAUUACAUAAAACCGACAAACUUGAAUUACGAAGAAAACUGCUUAAUCUUAUUAUACGUUAUUUUGAAAAAGCUGAUGCUCAUCACAUCAAAAUAUCGAUCAAAAAUAUCCGUAUCAUUUAUGCUAAUGUUAUGAAUUCAUUUGUUUCAUUCAAUCACAAUCAUCGCCGAGAGAAUGAUGAUGAAGAAAAUCGAAAAUUCCUCAAAGAUAUACGUCAAACAUAUCGAAGCAUUAAGCAAGCGAUUGCAACAAGAAUACCAUUAGGUGCACAUACAGUAAUAUUGGCAGAACGAAUCAAUUAUCACGAAGAUGCAACAACCACAACCACAUUGCCAACAUCCAAAAUUCAUACAGCCUAUACUGAAAUUGUUCAUUCGGAUAAUGUUGAAGAUUUAUUUCUAAAAGUACAAAUGUCUCCCAAUCAAACGAUUCAAGCCAAAGUGCAAUUUGGACCAGAAAUUCGACAAAUGUUCAAUAAAAGUUGGAAUUGUGGUCGCCCAAGACAUUUAUGUUCAAGUAUUGUACAAUUUGUUACUGUAUUCCCGGAUGAUAAUCCAUUUCCUCAUCCAAGUGAUCAACAAUCACAUCGAUUAUCAUCCAUCAUCGAUAUAUCUAUUCAUGAUCCAUAUAAUGGUCGUGAACAAUCGAUUCGUGGCCUAUUUAAAGCAUCUAUUUUUGAAUUGACUGUUAUUGGAAAUGAUUCCUUCGGUGGAUCAGAUUAUUCCACUAAAUGUCAUUAUUUUGAUGAAACCAAACAAAAAUGGUUGAUGGAUGAUAUACAUCCAUUAGGCAUUGCAUAUAAUCAAGCUGGUUGUUGGUCUGGUCAUCUUUCCAGUUUCAUUGUUCUAAGAACAGUAAUGGGAAUUAAUGCUGAUUAUGUAAUCGGGGUUUUAGUCGCCUGCACCAUGGGUGUAUUGGUAUUGGGUAUGAUGGUUGUUUUCUAUGUUCAACGCAAAAAUGAUAAUAUUGCUGCUUCGAAAAAAGCUGCCGAUGAAGCAAAGAAUGGCCAUUCAAUCGAUAAAAGCAAAUUAUCCAAUGAUAAUGAUCAAUAUUCAAAACGAAAUGAACAUAUUGCCAAUCUUAAACGAAAACAUCAUACAGCCAAAGUUGGUGUUGCAAAUGAAACCGAAACCGAAAUUCAAAGCAAAACGAUUGUAGUGACUGAAUGACAAUUCAAUAAGGUAUUUAAUAUACCCAACAAUUUUAUAUUUUCAUUUCCACAAAGACAAAAUCCCAAUGUUUUAGCCAACCCAACAAUAUUCAUUGAAUAAACUUUUUUUAAAAAUCAAAUAA